CACGGGCUGCAGCAGCCGCCCUCACCGGGCGGGACUACAGGGCGCCCGCAGGGCCGGGCGGGUGCCGGCGAUCAGUUAGCAGGACCCCGCCCUCUCUGGCCCGCCUCAGACUCCCAGGGGAAUCUCCUAGGCAGAUGGCCAGAGAUGCUUAAAUAGUCCUCUGCAAUUGGGUGCAAGUGGCAGACAACUUUUCUUUCUGCAGACCACUGCGAUCUGCUCAGCAUCAGAACACACUCUUUUUAGCCUUGGAUAUGGCGUGGUCCAAAAAGGUUACCCUCUCACUGCUCAGCCGGGAGCAGUCGGAAGGGGUUGGAGCGCGGGUCCGCAGAAGCAUCGGCAGACCUGAGUUAAAACAUCUGGAUCCAUUUUUAUUGUUUGAUGAAUUUAAAGGCGGUAGACCAGGUGGAUUUCCUGAUCACCCGCACCGAGGUUUUGAAACAGUAUCUUACCUCCUGGAAGGGGGCAGCAUGGCCCAUGAAGACUUCUGUGGACACACUGGUCAGUUGAACCCAGGAGACCUGCAGUGGAUGACCGCGGGCCGGGGCAUCGUGCACGCCGAGAUGCCUUGCUCAGAGGAGCCAGUCCACGGCCUACAACUGUGGGUUAAUUUGAGGAGCCCACAGAAGAUGGUGGAGCCUCGGUACCAGGAACUGAAAAGCAACGAAAUCCCUAAACCCAGUAAGGAGGGCGUGACCGUUGCUGUCAUUUCUGGAGAAGCCCUGGGAGUCAAGUCCAAGAUUUACACUUACACACCAACUUUAUAUUUGGACUUCAAAUUGGGCCAAGGAGCAAAGCAUUCCCAGCCUAUUCCUAAAGGGUGGACAAGCUUCAUUUAUACCAUAUCUGGAAAUGUGUAUAUUGGACCUGAUGACACACAACAAAAAAUAGAACCUCAUCACACAGCCGUGCUGGGGGAAGGUGACAGUGUCCAGGUGGAGAACAAGGAUCCUGAGAGAAGCCACUUCAUCCUGAUUGCUGGGGAGCCAUUAAGAGAACCAGUUGUCCAACAUGGUCCAUUUGUGAUGAACACAGAUGAAGAGAUUUCUCAGGCCAUUCUUGAUUUCAGAAAUGCGAAAAACGGCUUUGAAAGAGCCAAAACCUGGAAAUCAAAGAUUGGAAACUAGUGACAAGCACAAGGGCAGGUCUGGCUGCCUUCUAGAAUUUUGCCCUUUGUGGCAUCCACCCGUUCAAUGCAUCCAAUUUCCAAAGCUGACUUCGCCAGUGCUUCUAAAGAAUUCCACACUCAAGUGAUGACAUGUUUUCUAUAGCAAUGUCUGUGAGAUAUUUCCUGACCCAAGCAAA